CCGGUCCGCCCGAAGGAAACGCAACGACGCGUUCCAUUUUUCCAGAAAGAAACGCGCCGCAGUCCCUCCCCCUCGAAGACUCCGCGGCCGGGUCCCCCACGUCAGCCGCCGCCGGCCGCCAUUGACUGCCCCCCCGCCCGCCGAAUCCCAGCCGUCCGCGCACCCCCACCGCCCCUCCUAAAACCGCGUCCUCGUCUUGCUCCGUCCCUGACUCCGCCCCCCUCAAGAACCCCCGCCGAUCGACCGUCUUCUUGAAUCUUGGAUCGCUCUCCGGCCGGCCAUGUCGAUCCGGAAGGCGCUGGGCGCGGUCAAGGACCAGGCCACCAUCGGCAUCGCCAAGGUGUCCAGCGCGGUGGCGCCGGACCUGGACGUGGCGAUCGUGCGCGCCACGGCGCACGACGACGGCGCCCCCGACGAGCGCCACGUGCAGGAGGUGCUCCGCCUCACCUCCGGCUCGUCCAGGGUCCAGGUCGCCGCCUGCGUCGCCACCGUGUCGCGCCGCCUCGCCAGGACCCGCGACUACGUCGUCACCGCCAAGUGCCUCGCGCUGCUCCACCGCCUCGUGGCCGACGGCGACCCGCACUUCCGCCACGAGCUCGUCCGCCCCGCUGUCUCCGCGGGCCGACGUGGUGGUGGUGCCGCGCCCGUGCUCGCCGCGCUCUCCGACUUCCGCGACGAGGCGCACUCCGCGUCCUGGGACCACUCCGCCUUCGUGCGCGCCUACGCGCUCUACCUCGACGACCGCGUCCGCUUCCUCCUCGCCCUCCUCCCCGCGCCCCGCACCGUGCGCUUCGCCGACCACGACGGGUUCGGCUACGGUGGCCGCGCCGCCGGGGGCGCCUCGCCGCCUCCGGACAUGACGGUCUCGGUGCACGACAUGGACGUCGAGGGGCUCCUGGCGCGCGGGCAGCAGCUGCGCCAGCUCAUCGACCGCUUCCUCGCCUGCCGCCCCACCGGGGCCGCCAGGCGCAGCCGCGUCGUGCUCGCCACGCUCUGGCCCGUCGUCAAGGAGAGCGCCAGGCUCUACGAGGACGUGGCCGUCGUGCUCGCCGUCCUGCUCGACCGCUUCUUCGACAUGGAGUACCCCGACUGCGUCAAGGCCUUCGAGGCGCACGUCAGCACCGCCAGGCUCGUCGACGACCUCCUCGCCUUCUACUCGUGGUGCGACGACGCCGGCGUCGCGCGCUCCUCCGACUUCCCCGAGGUCAAGCGCAUCGACGACAAGCUCCUCGAGACGCUCGAGCAGUUCGUGCGGGAGCGCGGCAGGGCAGGCCAGAACUCGCCGCCGCCGCUACAGCUUCAGCACGCUGUUCAAGAAGCUUCCCCGAGCGAGGACGAACACCACCAAGCAGAGUACGACAUGAACGGCAUCAAGGCGCUCCCGGCCCCAGAGCACGCCAACGCUGCGACGGUUGCGCGGUCAGAGCCGGCGAAAGCUAGCGCCCGGCCGGUGGCCAGGGUACCUGAUCAGACUAGUGACCUGGUGGACCUCAGGGAGUCCGCGGCAGGAGCCGACGAGCAGGGGAACAAGCUGGCGCUCGCGCUCUUCUCGGAGCCGCCACAGUCCGCGAACGGCAGCUGGGUGGCGUUCCCGUCCGACGACGGCGCCCCCAAGGCGGCGACGACCUCCGCGUGGCAGACGCCGGCGGCCGAGCCGGGGAAGGCCGAUUGGGAGCUGGCCCUGGUGGAGACGGCGAGCAGCCUGUCGCGCCAGACCGCGGCGCUGGGCGGCGGCAUGGACCCGCUCCUCCUGCACGGGAUGUACGACCAGGGCGCCGUCCGGCAGCACGCGCGCGCGCAGGCCGCGUCCGGGAGCGCGAGCAGCGUGGCGCUCCCUGGCGCGCCCGCCACCCACAUCCUGGCGCUCCCGGGCCCCGACGGCGCGGUCGGCGGCGACCCGUUCGCGGCCUCGCUGGCCGUGCCGCCGCCGUCCUACGUGCAGAUGGCCGAGAUGGAGCGGAAGCAGGAGCUGCUGGCGCAGGAGCAGAGGAUGUGGGCGCAGUACCGGCAGGGCGGGAUGCAGGGGCAGGCCGGCCUCAACGGGCUCGCCGUCGGCGGCGGCGGGAGCGCGUUCGCGUCCAACACCUCCGUGCCGAUGCCCAUGGCCUACCACGGAGCCGGCGGGUACUACUACUAGCUCCUCCUCCUCCUCCUCCUCGAGCCGAGCAGCCUCUGCUCGUUCCUGAUUGAUCGUUGAGCUUUUAUCUGUGAAUAAUAAUACUCUGAUCGUGAUUUGCCACCAGAAAAACUGUAAUCCGAAUUGAUUUGAUCCUGCUCGGACGCUGAGGUAACCAUGGCGAUUGAGAAUUUGAGAUUAAUGGUGAAAAAUAUACGGUGCAAUAGUAAACUACUGAUAAGAAAUCUGUUGUUUUCCCCUUGA